AUGAUAGAUGCCGAUUAUGCAGUGAAAAGAUUGAAAAUAAUUAAAGGAGAUUCGAUUAGAAAGUUAGAAGGUUAGAAUGUUAGAUAUUACUUCGAUUAUUAAUAAAUUGGAAGGAGUUAAGAGAAGAUACAGAGAAUUAUGAAUGAAAUCAAAUUAAAAGUAGAAGCGAAGGAUUCUAGAAGUGGUGCAAAAGUUAAUUGA